ACCCGUAUCGGUGCUGCAGACAAGAAAAGUAAAGAUGUCUGUUACUGGACAGGAACCUUACCAUUAAGAAAAAACAUAUCAGGAAAUAUUUCAAGGAAAGUGUUCGUUUACGGGUUGCCAUAUGGAAUAACGGAGUCUGGUAUAAUGGAGGUGUUUUGUAGAUUUGGCCAAAUUACCGUCAUUUGGCCAAAACCAGAUGGUGAUCAUUUGAGUAGCGAGUAUAACAAUAGAGGUUAUUGUUAUCUCGUAUUUGAAGAUGAGGCAUGUGUUCUGGAACUUCUGAGGAACUCUUUCAGAAUUCGCAGGAUAGAUAAUAAGCGAAGGUUGUACCUUGGAGCAUAG